AUGCCUCGAAGAAAAGGUUCUAAGAAAUCCAAAGGUUCUUCGUCAACUGACUUCCCAAUUUUCUCAGAUGAACGAGCAACAGCCAUAGUGUCAUCGAAGAUUGAUAUUGGAUCCGACUCGCAGAUGUUGACUGCCACGAAACGCUCGAUAUCCGAGUGCCUCGAAGACGACGAGCUCCUUGUUGAAGCUGUGAAAGACGACCUUGUUACUGGCAACAACGCAGGUAUUGAGUUGGCCCGCGAAAACGCGAGAUUACCCAUGCUUGAGUCCAAGAUCGAGCAGCAGUGUGCCAAAAUGGAAGAGCAAGAAAAACUCAACAUACAGCUAAAGAAGCAGAUUUCGGACAUUCAUGACGCACUUGAUCGACUAGGCCAGAGAACGAGUGUUGAGUCUAACCUUGGAUUCGCUAAGAUACGCUCAAGAUUUCUUUCCACCUAUCGCAGAGACCACAUGGGUGACCGCACCGCCGACAAUCAAAAGGUUAUUAGCCAAGGACACGCGAAAGCGCACGGCGGCCAUUUCAAGGCAGAUGGGUUCUUGUACAGUGAAGAAGGCCGGUACAUUGACGAAGAUGGCACAGUGCAUCCGCCGCGAUAUGACACCAACACAUUCCGAUGUCUCUAUGGUGUUGAGCCGAGCAUAGCGGAGAUCAUCAACUACACUCCAACUAUUCAAGUCUUGGAAAAACAUGCUACCAUCGAAGCCUCCGACCGCCUUGAAGCAACUGACGCAUUGAAAGCACGGUUUGACACGUUUCUACGUACCCUGAAAGAAGCCGGGUACCCCGAAAACUACCUCAACAUGAUGGCUCCCGAAUACCAUCAGUUCAAGGAAGUCAGAUCAGCGUACAGAGAAUUCUGGGCGGCGACCUAA